CUUCCCUGCGCGCUUGCAGGAGCAACGCGCCCUCCAGCGUUGCAGGUCCAGUUCUGAGCAGCACAGCGCCACCGGCAGUUAAAGUAUUUACGGUCUCGAUGUAGCUUCCCUGGGCGCGCGGUCCACUUGGCUUCCUGCGUGGAGAUUAACGGUCCGGCGCUGCAUGACGGAGAGAACUCUGCCACUAUGUGGACUGACUCCGUCAUGCUGGCGGGUCUCACCCUGACCGCCAUCUUUGUGUCACACACAGCAGGGGUCAGCGCUCCGGGGAGACCACGGCUCACGGGCUGCCGCUCACCUGAGAAGGAGACGUUCACCUGCUGGUGGGAGCCAGGUGAUGAUGGAGGCCUGCCCACCACCUACGCGCUAUACUACCACCUAGAGGGCUCAGAGACAGUCUACGAAUGUCCGGACUACAGGACGGCAGGAAAGAACUCCUGUUUCUUCAGUAAGAACAAUACGUCCCUGUGGGUCAACUACAACAUUUCAGUGGUGGCAACUAAUGCCAUGGGCAGCAGCGUGUCGGAGCCGGUAGACGUGGACGUGGUCUAUAUCGUGCAGCCCAACACCCCAGAGGAUGUGCGGGUGCUGGUGGUUGACGACGACCCCGGCCCCUACCUGCAUGUGUCGUGGGAAAAGCCGCUCGCAGCUGACACUCAGUCUGGCUGGAUAACGCUCGUCUACCAGCUACGGGUCAAAGAGACGAGUCAGGACACCUGGGAGGAGUACAACGCAGGCAUGCAGAAGGGCUAUAACAUCUUCAGCCUGCUGUCUGGCCGGGAGUACGCAGUCCAGGUGCGCUGUAAACCGGACCACGGCUUCUGGAGUGAAUGGACCAGCCCUGCCUAUGUGCAGAUCCCCGACUACAUGCUGAGGGAGCACUCCAUGUGGAUCAUAGUGGCGGUCUUUGCAGGCUUCCUCCUCUUCGUUCUGACGUGGACGGUGAACGUUAAACGGAGCAGUGUGAAACACUGCCUGCUGCCACCGGUUCCUGGACCAAAGAUCAGAGGCUUUGACCCGCACCUGCUGAAGAGCGGGAGGUCUGAGGAGAUGUUCAGCGCACUGGUGACUCAACACUUCCCCCCCACCAGCAGCUAUGAUGACCUGCUGGUGGAGUACCUGGAGGUGUACGACGUGGAAAAGCAGGAGCUGGUUCUGGGCGUGAAGAACGAGGACCCACUCGCCCCCACGAGGACGUCAGACAACGACUCGGGCCGAGGCAGCUGCGACAGCCGCACCCUGCUGACAGAGAGGUACGCGGAGGACGGCGACAAGGGCGGAGCCGACCGCCAGCUCGGCCAAUGCGUGGCCGAGCUGGCCUCCCCGCCCCUGGAGGAGGAAAAGGUAGAGGCCUGGUCCACGCCAUUCUCCCCCCCUCCACUCCACCUCCAGCGGCAGCAGGUAGGGGGCGCCAGAGCAGCCUACCACAGCGUGCUGGAGAUCCCCUGCGACUCUCCGUGUGCUCCAGGCUCUUAUGGCCAUCAGGGGGAAUCUGACAUCAGUAAACCCGGGGGCAGGGGCGCAUCCACGACCCUUGCUGAACCCCAGGCCCAGUCGGCUGAAUACGUCGAGGUGCAGACGGUUGACCACGAGAACGUCCUGCUUCUCCGGCCUCUCGCUGACCCCGGGGGUCCCGACGUAGACUAUGCUGGGGAGGACUACAGCAAGAUUCGUGACGUGAUCCCCGACAACGUGCUACUGCUGCAGAGGGAGCCCAGUGCGUGGCCGUGUGCGGCGGACCCCGGCCAGGACCGGGGUGAGCGUUCCUGUCCCACAGCACUGCAGGAGCUGAUGCAGCCCUGCAAGCCCCCCGGCCCCCUCCAGCAAGGGCUGAGACUGGUCGCCAACGGCUACGUGGAUGCCAGUGCCAUGCUGUGCUAACAGCCUCUCUGCUGCUGGGCUGCAAACUCCUAGCUCAGAUGGACAAAGUAAGAAAUGAAUGGAAAAUUCUACUCUCUUUGGUGGGGAGGUUUCCAGCACAAACUAAUGGCCUCUUUAAACUCUUGAGCACUACCAUGAAAUAGAUUUUUUUGCCUCUGAAAGCUCUUACAUUGGCCCCUGAUUAUAUACAGGAUCACGAUGAUACAAAUAUAUACGUAAAGGCUUUGUUUCUGUUCAUAACGGCACUCGCUCACUCUCCUGUAUGCAUGUGGUGGUGUUGCUAAGUAACAUAGGACGCUGAACUCUAACACUUGAGUCCUAAAUCUGCCAAACGCAGCCGCUGGCAAUGAACCCACAUAACUCACUGUUCUGAUAAAUAAGGGAGAAGUUUUGAUUGUAUUAAGUGCUUAGGGGUUCGUCUGCCUCUCCGAGUGGGGAAGACAUCUUUGGGGCCCAGCGGGGGUAAAAACCAGAAGUCUCUCUUCAUGUUUAUGGCUGACUCUUUUUUGUUUUUGUUGUUUUGUUUGUUUCUGCUCUUUGCAGAAUGUAUACAAGACCUUGCCACUCUGCCUGGCCCCAUGAACGAGUCCUGUUUCAGCGUGAUGUUUCCAUUUAGCAGACAAAGACCAAAGCCACCAGUCUGCUAUGAUAGGUCCAAUCAGAAGCGUCACUCUGCUAUGAUAGGUCCAAUCAGAAGCGUCACUCUGCUAUGAUAGGUCCAAUCAGAAGCGUCACUCUGCUAUGAUAGGUCCAAUCAGAAGCGUCACUCUGCUAUGAUAGGUCCAAUCAGAAGCGUCACUCUGCUAUGAUAGGUCCAAUCAGAAGCGUCACUCUGCUAUGAUAGGUCCAAUCAGAAGCGUCACUCUGCUAUGAUAGGUCCAAUCAGAAGCGUCACUCUGCUAUGAUAGGUCCAAUCAGAAGCGUCACUCUGCUAUGAUAGGUCCAAUCAGAAGCGUCACUCUGCUAUGAUAGGUCCAAUCAGAAGCGUCACUCUGCUAUGAUAGGUCCAAUCAGAAGCGUCACUCUGCUAUGAUAGGUCCAAUCAGAAGGGUCACUCUGCUAUGAUAGGUCCAAUCAGAAGCGUCACUCUGCUAUGAUAGGUCCAAUCAGAAGCGUCACUCUGCUAUGAUAGGUCCAAUCAGAAGCGUCACUCUGCUAUGAUAGGUCCAAUCAGAAGCGUCACUCUGCUAUGAUAGGUCCAAUCAGAAGCGUCACUCUGCUAUGAUAGGUCCAAUCAGAAGCGUCACUCUGCUAUGAUAGGUCCAAUCAGAAGGGUCACUCUGCUAUGAUAGGUCCAAUCAGAAGCGUCACUCUGCUAUGAUAGGUCCAAUCAGAAGCGUCACUCUGCUAUGAUAGGUCCAAUCAGAAGCGUCACUCUGCUAUGAUAGGUCCAAUCAGAAGCGUCACUCUGCUAUGAUAGGUCCAAUCAGAAGCGUCACUCUGCUAUGAUAGGUCCAAUCAGAAGGGUCACUCUGCUAUGAUAGGUCCAAUCAGAAGCGUCACUCUGCUAUGAUAGGUCCAAUCAGAAGCGUCACUCUGCUAUGAUAGGUCCAAUCAGAAGCGUCACUCUGCUAUGAUAGGUCCAAUCAGAAGCGUCACUCUGCUAUGAUAGGUCCAAUCAGAAGCGUCACUCUGCUAUGAUAGGUCCAAUCAGAAGCGUCACUCUGCUAUGAUAGGUCCAAUCAGAAGGGUCACUCUGCUAUGAUAGGUCCAAUCAGAAGCGUCACUCUGCUAUGAUAGGUCCAAUCAGAAGCGUCACUCUGCUAUGAUAGGUCCAAUCAGAAGCGUCACUCUGCUAUGAUAGGUCCAAUCAGAAGCGUCACUCUGCUAUGAUAGGUCCAAUCAGAAGGGUCAUGUAACCCCCAAGAAGAGACGAUUUUUCUUUUUCUUUUUUGCUGGGCACUAAGUUAGGAAGAAGGGAUUCCCGCGUGGUAAUUUGGACCAAACAGCAGAGCCCAGAGCCCUUCCGCGUGCACUGUGAAACACUUACACAGACUGGACACGCACUGGUCCGUGUGGGGCUAGUGCACGUCUGGUGUAUCUUAAACCGCACACUGGUGAGCCCACAGAGCCUUUUUUUGUUAUACCUCAAGUUAUUCAACAGUGCAGUGUGUGUUCCCCACUGUAAACAUCCCCGUAUCAAGACAAACCACCAUUCUGUGCCAUUAACACAUGGCUCAUCUAAUCAGGGUUUUCAGAAGGAUCUGAACAUUAAAACUGAGUGUGUUGGGUCUGAGUUGGAACAAAAUCUCCACCUGGUAUCAGAUUAACCACAGCACCAUUCAGUGGUCUAAGAAUGUCACAUUUUAACCACGUUUCGGUCCCCCGGAGAGAUUUAGACAUACCCUGCCUCAGGAGAAGGGACUCACACUGACACUAGUCCUGAAUGUAUGUAUAUAUUGUAAAUACUUCAGUAAGCCUGCCUGGAACCCUGAAGCCACACAGAAAUUGGCCACCGUCAAAAACACACUCUGAAAGAAAACCUUUCUAAGACCUUCUUUAAUACUCUUUUAAUACUUUUUCUUUUACAAUUUGUUUCUCAUUCAUUUUCACAUUUUGAAAGAAUGUGAUCUACAUACCAGAGAUUUUUUGCUGUUCUUCUUUUCUGAAUCUGAUUGCUAGUCUGAGACUAACAGUUUUUGUCACUUGGCCAUAAUGUCAUUGUUAUACUCCCUAGACUCACGUUUAUCAUCAGUUAGAAACGAUUAUUUCUUUGGGCAACAAUGAUAUUGCCUCAAUGAAUGAAAUAUCAGAGUAAAGAUUACAUUUAAAGAUUCAUCACAAGAUAUUUUUCUAAAAGAGUUAUUUAUUACAGAUGUUUAUAUUCAGAUUUUAAAAUUUACCCAAAAUCAGUGACUAUAACUACUUUUUAUAUCUGUUCAUUAGAACAGGCCAGACAGAUCAGUUAUACGAUGUAUGAACUGUGUGUGUGUGCUGUAAACAUCUUCAGAAAUAAUUAAGCUACUACAUGUUUAAUUCAUAAAAGUGAGUCAAUAUCAGGAAAAUGAACACAAAGCUCACAGUUUAUGAAACAUUUUAGUCUGGCUUCACUUCUGUGUCCUUCAGAUUCCCACUUUAGUUCUGCACAGUGAUUUACGACCCUUUUACAAAAAAAGGAUUCUGUUUGAUUUUGAAUUAUUCUGCAGAGCAGACACGAAACUCCGAGGUAGAGCUGAGGGAAGUGGAGCGACUCAUCUAGGGCACUGCUGUUAGAGUGACGGAGUGUGUGUGUGUGUGUGUGUGAGUGUGAGUGUGAGUGUGAGUGUGAGUGUGUGUGUGUG